AACCCAACCAGCUAGGCAGCUGUUUAAAAUUUUGAUCCCUAUUAAUAGAAUUUAAUUAUAUUAUUCGUACUAAAACUAUGCCUGAAGAUUCAAAGAAAAACCAGCAAAAAUGUAAACAUGGACCUAAAGACCAACGGAAACCUCGACAAGCGCGACAACAAGCGCCCGUUGAGAAGGGAGAAUCUAAGAUCGAGAAACCACAGUAUGAGCGUAAAGCUGAUGUGCCUAAAGUUCCAGGAAAACCACCAGUCUAUGAAGACCCUGGUCCAGAAUUCUACAAGAACUUGAAAAGAGAAUCAGAUGAAAUCCUUAAGAUAACAGAAGAAGCAAAUUCUAAAUACAAAAACAAGGAAAUACAAAGUAAUUGGAGCAAAUAUGAGAUACCUAUCAAGAGCUAUGAUGAGGUGGAAGAGGAGGAAAAUUUGGGGGCAGACUAUGAGAAACUCAUUCAAGCACCAUCGUCUAUUGGAGGUCACUUCCAAUUCAAACAUGAAAAAUCAUGGGAUAUUAUGACUGGACCAUCAUUAUAUGACAAAUACUUUGAAAUUCACAUGGACAAUUUGGCUACAGCACUCUCUACAGUCCCUUUCUAUGAACGAAAUAGUAUAGAACAUUCAGUUUUUAGUCAAACAGACUUACAUACUAUGAACAAUAGAUCAAUUAGGUAUAAACAGAAAUAUUUCAAUGACAAAUCCUAUACAACUCCAGAAUUAGAUGCUCAAGAAAAAAUUUUGAGUUUCAUGCAGGAGAGUGUUGGCAAGUGUGGAGAGGAGAUUGAAAGAGAAUCAAAAGUGACAGGAUCUAUUUCUGAAUCUCAAGUGUUUGAAGAUUGUAGGAGUGUGUCUGAAGCAGAAGGUACUGGACAUGCCUUUGAAGUAGAUUUUGUGGGUAGACUUGCAGCUGAUGAACCAAGUACACCUGAAGAAAAAGACCAUAAAAUAAUUCAUAAAACACAACAUGGAAAUUAUGACAACAAGGCAUAUAGUGAUGAUGACUUAGAUGACCUUAUUCUAGGAGAUGUAGAUGGUAAAGUAGAUAUAUCAAUGAAAGUAGAAGUUCAAAAUACUGUACAUGUGGAAAAGCAUUUAUUACAAGUUGCUGAAAGUGUCACGAAAAAUCCUGCAAGACAACCACAAGAAACAAUUGGACCAGAGGGUAGUUGUGUUAUUGAAUCUCCCGAACAAUUAGAAAAAUGGCUUGACGACUUUUUGGAGGGUUAAAUCGUCAACACAUGUUUGUAAUUUUGUUUAAAAUUUUAUAAUUUAUGGAUCGGAUUUCAAAUAUACAAGCCAUUCUGAACAAAGAAUUUUGUGCCUGUUACAAAAUGUAGGUAGCAAUGCACCAUAGAAAACUGAGAGUAGGAAAUCGGAAAGCAAAGCACUAUGCAGCUUAGAAGUGAUGUAUUUAUUUUCAA